AAGAUGGCGGUGACAGCGUUCUAUCUGCUUCUCUGGCUGAGUUUAAUCAACUCUGGUCAAGCUCGAGUCUCUCUGGUUGUCACACCUAAAAGACUGCAGUUUUUGAAAUAUGAUAGCUUCUCCGUGAGCUGUGAGGAGGAGGAUGAAGAGGAGUCAGUCGGGUGGACAGUGAUGAAGAAGAUGGAGGAUGGAGAGGUCCGUCCAUGCUUGUCCUUGUGCUCCAUCACUGCUGCAUUCCCCACCACAGACAGUGGUCUUUACUGGUGUGAAACUGGUCUUGGACUAACCAGUGACGCCGUCAUCAUCAAUGUCACUGUAGGUUCUGUGAUCCUGGACAGUCCCGUCCACUCAGUGGCCGAGGGCAAUGAUGUUAUUCUGCAAUGCAGAAGUAAAAUUCCGAGACGUAAUUUCACUGCUAGUUUUUACAAAGAUGGCCGCCUCAUCAGGAACAGCUCCACAGGAAACAUGACCAUUGUCAAAGUUUCCAAAGCUGAUGAAGGUGUCUACAGGUGUAGCAUCUAUGGAUAUGGACAAUCACCACAGAGCUGGCUGACUGUCAGAGCACACAGCAAAAAGUCUACAGUCUCUACAGUGCCACCUGCAGACCAUGUGCCCUCUGCUUCCUCGACCCCCGUCUUCACUGUGGUGCGCCACCUGGUGGUAGUAGCUCCAUAUCUGUUGUCCACCAUCAUUCUGGGACUCAUUUACAGAUCCAGAGUAAAAACAACCGUCACGGCAAAUCGAACACUGGAUGAUGUCAUCAUGGAAGUAGUCACAUAGCACCCAAUGGAUACCUGAGACAUGACGGAUAUCUACAGAUUAAACAUAAAGAGGAAACAAAAUCUGUUUUCAAGACUGGCAUUGACCUCUCUCUAGGUUUAAUGGUUUUAUAUUUAUUACAGAUUAUUUUGUUAGACUUCAUUAUGAAAAUAAAACUCAAGCUUUCCAGAGGCUGGUACCCAUUUCCAUGACGCCGUGUGGACAGGAUGUUUUUGAGAUGUGAGGUUGGUUGCAGAAGCUUCAGACGGUGGGCGUCAUCACACCUUGUGCACGCUCUGCUCUGAUGUUUGUUACAUUAGAAAACGAUGCCUCGGUACAAAAAAACCCCUAAUUGUGCACAUUCACAAAAAUCCACAAACAUCUGAUGCCGUUUGAGGGACAAAAAUGAAUUUCAGAUCGGGUCGCCACAAACUGUCUUGUGAUUUAUUCUACAGAAGCAGCCUUCAUGUCAUCAGGUGUAAAAGGUCAGAAUCCCUUUGGUGACCUUCACUAGCCCCUGAUUUUUCUGUGGAAAUGCCCUUCGUCAAUCUCCUUGUGAAACUGUUAAUAACGUAUUAAUAACACGGUAAUAACUGGUAAUUGUGGUAACUACUGCAUUAGUUAGCCUAGUCCAGUAAAAACAGCUAUUUAGUUACUAAUUUGCUAUUUCUUUGAUUAACAAAGUGUAGUUUUAUAGUUUUAUCUUCAUUUAACUAUCUCUGCUGCUCUGUAAGUUUUAUUGGAACAUGGGUCUAGAAUUUUGUUGUAUUCAUUAUUUUGAGCACUAUGUGAAUGUUUUUCCCACUUAAAGUUCUAUAUAAAU